AUGCCGGCGCUCGAAUCCCUACGGGGAGCCAUCUUAUCCAAUAUCCCGACGAAAGAAGUCGUCGGCGCCUUUCUCGCUCUCAAUCUCUGUGCAUGUCUAGUUGUCUUGGUCUCGCGAAAAUGGACCUUUGGCAAGACGGCCAGAGCUUCGAGCCCUGAUCUUGAGAAGCCCGAUACUGUGAAAGGCAAAGUCACCAGGCCUCCGGGUGAAUGGACUCCAUCUGAGUUCAAGCGGCCAACAGCGGCCCCAUACCCCGAAUGGGAUGUCCAUUCGACAAAGCCGAUUCCCUAUCGACCUUUUAGAUAUGGGCCAAAAUACUUCAUCACAAUGGGUCUCAGAAGCAUGAAAUGGGACGAAUGUAUCGAGCUCGACAACAACUAUCUGAAAUACCACGCAGACAAAGCCCGCCGCAUCCAAGAGCGCGGCAGCAAAGGCUGCCACACAGCACCAGAAGCCAUGGACGGAGCAAUCGAGCUACUAGAAGAACUAUGCGCCUACCUCCCGGAACGAUACCCAAGCAUGUUCACCAAGACCACCACGGGAAUAAUCAACAAAAUCACCAACGAAACCUUCAACAUAACCCAACGCCCCCUCCCCGAAGACCCAAUGGCCACAGCCGCCCGACUAGUCCAAGACGACCUGGCCCUAAUGUUCGAGCGCGCAGACGGCGAAUACUACCUCCUAGCCGGUGCCAUCCUGCUCGCGGGCUUCUGGCGCCUAAGCGACAAAUUCGGCAUGCGAUUAUCCGAAAUCCACACGUCGGGCGACGUACCAGGAUACAAAAGCAAGCUGGAGAAAGGCAUGAUGAAUUUCUUCCGCCGACUUCGGCCCGAGGAGCCCGUUCUACGGAAUAACUAUUUCAUCCAGGUGGAUGAUAACCUGGCGUGGUCGCAUAGUAUUGGGUCUGAGGAUGCGGAGACGGUGUCGUGGAGUACGGCGGAGAAGAACCGCGCUAUUGAGAAUCACUUCUUUCGCUCGGAGAGGCAGUCGCUGAGGAGGUUGCCCAGGUCUGGGGCGGUGGUUUUUACGAUUCGGACGUACUUUGAGCCGGUGACUGGGAUUGUGGGGGAGGAUUAUGUGCCUGGGCGUUUGGCGGAUGCGGUUCGGAGUUGGGGGGAUGAUGUUAGUCGGUAUAAAGGGAAGGAGAAGUAUCAGGAUGUUUUGUUGGAGUUUUUGGAUCGGAAGCAUAAGGAGCAGGUUGAGGCUGGGUUGGAGGUUGAGAAGGAGGAUGAAGUUAGGAGUUAUCCUUUGUGA